AUGGAAGAGGCGAGAGAUCAGCUGCGAGAAGCAGGGGUCGCCGAUAUCGUGGAGUUGAUGAGUCCCCGUGACGCCGAUGGGUUUGGUUCGUGCCAGAAGGCUCGGAUCCGUCUUUCGCCUGUCCUAGGAAUACGGAGAAGGGCAGAGUCCAGCCAUUGCUCGAAAAGAAGCCGGCGGCUUCUACCUUCAGCCCUAGGAAAACGGUGGAAAACGGUAGCCAUCUUUGCUACGGGCAAGGCGAUUCCCCAUUUCCGAGACGAGCCGCUCCGCCUCUUCUGCCCUUCUUCGCGCGCUCUGGAAUGGCGUCGAGCGUUUCGCGAAAGGACUACGGGACCGUCUGAGGAGGAGGCGGCGGUGGUUUAUUUUCCAACAGGGCCACCUGGCAGAGGAAGCCGCUGUCAAGCGAAGACAGGCAGCAUGACACCUCUCUGGCCGUUGGGAACCUUGUGGCUGGCUUAUUUCGCAGCUCGAGGUGUGGCGAGCGACGAUCCUCCAUUGAAAUGCGAAGAUCUGCGAAUCGGCCAAUAUAUGUGCAAAGAUCCUAAAAUAGACAAUGCAACCCAAGAACCCAUGAAGUGUACUAAUCAUACUGCAUAUGUUGCCUGUCUUCCAGCCCCAAAUAUUACUUGUAAAGAUUUCAGUGGAAAUGAAACUCAGUUUACUGGAAAGGAAAUUGGAUUUUAUAAGCCUGUUGAGUGUCGAAGUGUAAAUGGUUACUCCUAUAAAGUAGCAGUAGCUCUGUCUUUGUUUCUUGGCUGGUUGGGAGCAGAUCGGUUUUAUCUAGGAUAUCCUGCAUUAGGUUUGUUAAAGUUCUGCACAGUAGGCUUUUGUGGAAUUGGUAGUUUGAUUGACUUCGUUCUGAUUUCAAUGCAGAUCGUGGGACCUUCUGAUGGUUCUAAUUACAUAAUAGAUUAUUAUGGUGCAAGGCUUACCAGGCUGAGUAUUACGAAUGAAACAUAUAGAAAACCUCAAAUAUACCCUUAAUCUUGCCAAGUUCACUUAUUUUAUUUGAGUGUGAGAAGAUGCCUGAAUACUAAAUGAUGGAAGAGGACUGUCUUCAGAGGAUGGAGAAGUUUCAUCAACUAUUGUCAUCAGCUCUUUCUGCACAAAGGAAAAGUAGUAGACUACAUUAUUAUACACUCUGCUGAUUACACAAAAGGAGUUAGAGCUUUUGUGCCAUGGCUUUAACUGUAACCCUAUUGAAAAGAAGACAAUGGCUUAUCUUUUAAAUUGUUUGGUAAAUGAAAGCAAAAUAUGGACAUUUUAUGAUAAAUACAUCAUGAACUACUGCACAAAGGACUUUAUACAAGUUGUACAAAAACUGAAAAAUGUGUGUCUGAAUAUAAAGGAAAAACAGGAAGAAAU